CACAACUUAAGAUCAAAAUUAUUGGGUGCCUAUUUUUUAAACAUAAUUUGGGGCCUGAGGUCACGGACUCACCAGCCUUGUCCAAGGGCCGGCUCUGCCUAUAUAUGAGAUCAUUUGAUCUUUCAUCUCAUAGUUAAUCAAGCAUUAGUGUCCAUAACAAUGGAACAUGGAAAGCCUUCCUACCUCUUCUAUUCUUUCAUUUUUCUUAUCAUAUCUUCCAUAUCAUCCUCCUUGUCCGAUGACCAUCAAAGCUACAUCAUCCACAUGGACAGGUCAGCUAUGCCAGCUCCCUUCUCCACACCCCACAGCUGGUACACAUCGAUACUGUCAUCCCUCUCUUCCACAGACAAUGUUCCCCCGACGCAUCUCUACACUUAUAAUCAUGUGAUAGACGGGUUCAGUGCAGUUCUGUCACAAUCCCAGCUCGAACAGCUGCAGAAAAUGCCAGAUCAUUUUGCAACGUACGCAGAGACAUUUGGCCAUCUCCACACAACCCAUUCCCCAAAGUUUCUUGGCUUGCAAGACGAUGUCGGAUUAUGGCCCGUGGCGGGGUUUGGGGAUGACAUGAUAAUUGGUAUCAUCGACUCCGGGAUAUGGCCUGAAAGUGAGAGUUUCAACGACGAUGACAUGCCUCCGGUGCCAGCACGUUGGCGCGGUGCCUGUGAAACUGGAACUGAGUUUAAUUCUUCUCAUUGUAACAGGAAACUUAUCGGUGCACGGUCUUUUAGUAAAGCAAUGAAGCAAGCUGGAUUCAACAUAUCAACAACUGAAGACUACGACUCUCCAAGGGAUUUUUUCGGUCACGGGACUCACACAUCAUCCACUGCUGCUGGCAGCCCAGUGCCGUGUGCUAGUUACUUCGGUUAUGCCAAGGGAAAAGCCAUUGGCAUGGCACCGAAGGCUCGAUUGGCGAUGUAUAAAGUGUUCUUCUUCAAUGAACCCGACCUUACAACCUCGAGUGACAUACUGGCUGGCAUGGACCAGGCCAUAGCUGAUGGCGUGGAUCUAAUGUCUUUGUCAUUAGGCUUCCCUGAGGCUCCAUUCUACAAAAACCCAAUUGCAAUCGGAGCUUUUGCAGCAAUGGAAAAAGGGAUUUUCGUGUCGUGUUCAGCUGGAAAUAGCGGCCAUGAUAAGCUGUUUAAUGAAGCUCCUUGGAUCACCAAUGUCGGUGCAGGAGCUAUUGAUCGAGAUUUUUUGGCUCAUAUCACACAUGGCAAUGGGGCCUUAUCAGUUACCGGAAGGUCUACUUACCUUGAAAACCUAUUAGUCUCCAAAGUCCCUUUAUACUUUGGACAUGGAAAUAAAAGCAAAGAAAUUUGUCAGUUUGGUGCCUUAGACCCUAAAGAUGUUGCAGGAAAGUAUAUCUUUUGCGAUUUUGACAACGAAACAUCAAUGAAUCCGCAGAUUCUGCAGUGGAAAGAAUUGAACAGAUCAGGAGCUGCUGGAGCUAUCGUAAGUUCAAACUCUGUCGAGAUUUUUUCUUCCGGUACUCCAUUUGUGGUUGUGAGCCUUAAAGAUGGAGAAUUAAUGAAGGAUUAUAUAGUUGGAUUUGAAAACCCAACUGUGAGUAUCAAAUUCCAGAUAACAUUACUAGGUGUCAAGCCGGCUCCUCAAGUUACGAGCUUUUCGUCAAGAGGGCCGGGUUCAGAGGCUCCAUGGGUACUUAGACCUGAUAUACUGGCACCUGGAUACAAGAUUUUGGCUGGAUGGGUACCCAACAGGUUGAGUGCGUAUAUUCACGGCAGUUCAUUACUCUCAGACUGUGUAAUUGUGUCAGGCACUUCCAUGGCGUCUCCCCACAUAGUUGGCAUAGCUGCACUGUUGAAAGCAGCUCACCGGGAUUGGAGCUCAGCUGCUAUUCGAUCUUCUAUGAUGACUACUGCAGAUGUGUUUGAUAAUUUGAAUGGCACAAUCAUUGACAUAGCCACAGGAGCUGCAGGGACUCCUCUUGAUUUUGGGGCAGGACAUGUGAACCCUAACAAGGCCAUGGACCCUGGACUUGUGUAUGACAUGGAGGUCCAAGACUACAUCGAUUUCCUCUGUGGAAUGAACUAUACAGCGCAACAGAUUCAGAUUAUAACAAGGAGGUCAGAUUUCGACUGUGAAAAUGCUAGUUUGGAUCUUAACUAUCCUUCAUUUAUCGUCAUCUUGAACACCACUGAUAUUACAAGUUACACCUUUGAGAGGGUGCUGACUAAUAUGGUCGAUUCACAUUCGGUGUAUCUAGCAGAGGUGACGGCUCCAAUGGGUACGAAAAUUAUUGUGCAGCCGUCAACAAUCUCCUUCACGGGGAAAUACAGUAAGGCUGAGUUCAACUUGACUGUUGAAAUUGAUUUGGGAGUUAGGUCAUGGAAUGAGUACAAUGGGACUUAUGGGUACUUAGGCUGGUAUGAGGUUAAUGGGACUCAUGUGGUAAGAAGUCCAAUAGUCUCUGCAUUUGCACCAUAGGCAAGGUUUGCCAAUGGUGAAAAUAAGUGUGCUUCAAGUACUACAUUGUUUGUGUUGACGGCAGCCUAAAAGGGCACAUCCCAAGCAUACAAACAGAGAAUGGCUAGAAACUAAAGGCCAAGUGCAUUUUAUAUUUCACCUUUUGUUUUUUUGGGUGCAAAAAAGGAUAAGAGGGCCGAUCAAAGCAUAGCAACUCUGCUUCAAUGUAACCAUAACACUUGUUAUUUGAUAGGGAGCGGAACAAGAAGGGUCUAGAAGGACAUAUGUCUGGUCCACAUUGCCACGUAGGACAAAUGUCUCAUCCCAAUUCAAAGGAAAACCCCCCUUCCUUGUUAUGUAAAUUAUUGUUAUUAAUGGCUUUUGUCACACAAUA